GUUCUUCACUCGUUCGAGUAAUUCGUUCGUCGUGGAGAAAGAGCGUUUGCAGAAAAGAGCUAAAACAGUGAAGGAGGCUAACCUGAGUAGGAAAUUCAAUUGAAACAAUGGACCGUUGGGUUGGAAAAAUUGCUGUCGUCACCGGAUCCUCGUCCGGCAUCGGCUUGGCUAUUUCGAUCGCACUUGUUCGCAAAGGAAUGGUCGUUGUCGGCUUGGCCAGAAGAAAAACAGUAAUGGAGGAAGCUGUGCAUGCAGCAACGAGUGGUUCGACAGGCAAAUUUUUCGGUUACGAGUGCGACGUGACGACUGAAGAAAGUGUCAUCGGUGUCUUUAAAAAAAUCAAAGAAAAUUUCGGCACCGUUCACGUUUUGGUUAACAAUGCUGGAACUAUGGAAGCUGGCACGAUUCUAGACACGACGAGCGAAGUUUGGCAGAAAACCUUCAAUGUAAACGUAAUGGGAGCGUUGUACUGCACGCAACAGGCAAUGCAAUUAAUGAAGGAGUCCGAAGAGGAGGGUCACGUCGUAAUGAUAAAUAGUAUACAAGGCCACCGGGUUCACAUUUUUCGAGAAAUCCCAAUGAACGUAUAUCCAGCGAGCAAACACGCUAUUACCGGACUCACUGAGUCGCUGCAGCGGGAAAAUCUCGGUGGAAGGAUUCGUUUCACGAGCAUAAGCCCAGGAGUGGUGAAAACACCAAUAGUCGAACCUUACAUGACUCUCCCCGGAACUGCAAAUAUGCCGCUUCUUGAACCUGAAGACAUCGCAGAUUCGGUCGUUUACGUCGUUGGAACACCGCUUCGAGUUCAAAUAACCGAGCUUACCAUCCGACCUCUCGGCGAAACUAACACUUAAAACGAAACCAUUUUCAAAGCAUUUUUUUAAUCGUCCUUAAUAAUCGACUAUCGAGACGUUGUGCUACAAAGUAACGUUGCAGCUCGAAUAAAUUAGUAUUUUUCUCAAAUUAUGGACUGAGAAUGAAACGAGAUUUGAAGCUGUCGGCCAUCAUUCAACGGAUGCUGUAAAAAUAUAUCUUGAGCUUCAAAAAAUAUCAGUGCGACUAAUAAUUUUGCGAAGAUAUGAAAAAUUUAUUUCCAGAUAAACAAUUAUCAACGGUGGAAUAAAAUGAAGACUUUUUUAUUAAAAA